GAUAAAACUCUGUCGCAUGAGGAACGAGCAUUCAAGUACUGUCGACCAGCGGUGAUGUACGACCAUUUCGAUAGGAAGCACGCGCAACAGCCAGGCGGCGUGAAGCGGAUGUUGUGCAACCACCCGAAGUGCAAGGAGGAGGCGCUGGAGUUCAAGCACUUGAACCAUUUCAAGAACCAUGUAGAGAGUGUCCACAGCGUUAAACUACGUGAAUGA